UCCGACAUCAACUCAUCCGCGAAGAACGCUCUACAGCGGUUCCUCAACAGGCGGCUACUGUGUGUCAAGAGUUCGACCGAGUUGAGAGCUCAUCGUUGCACUCGCUUCACAUAAGGCAGCAAAUCUCCAUUCACUACAUAUAAGGACACGCACCACGCGAAGCUGUCGAGAGGGAAACCGACCAGUCAGUCUCCUUACUGUAGUCAUGGAGAGAGCAUCAGCUGGCGAUUAGAUCCGCCGUCAAACAUUGGCUUCAUAAGCACAACCACAGCAACGAUUAGGUCAGUGUGAGCGAGAGGUCGUAGUGUUCACAGCCGCGGAUAGAACACGAGGCGGUAGCUCAGUCCUGACGAAACGAUAUAAUAUUCUGGCAUCGACUUGCCAUUCCACUGGCAUCAUGGCGGGUCUAAGACGGUCUCUGGACAUUCUCUUCAUCGCGUUCUACGUGUUUGAGGCAGUGUCUACGAUAUUUUUUGACACUCAACAACUUCUACCUUCUCAUCUCUAUCCAAAACCGCUGACUGAUCUGUUCUCCUGGUACAUCCAGCACUUCAGGGAUCCAUACAUGGCGAAUGCUCGGAACAUGCCCUGGUUCGCCAGUUUCUGCAUCGUGGAGUUCAUCACGCAUAUCCCCUUCUUCUUCUUCGCCAUCUAUGCAUACUACAAAGGUCCAUCCCAGUGUCCCUGGAUCCGUAUCCCGGUGAUCAUGUACUGUGUCCAGAUCAUCACCUUCGUAACGGCAGUCGAGGCAGGCGUCUUUUUUGACGACUUCUCAAAAACUAAGCUGGUGGCACCAAGAGACUUUGGCGAAAGACUGAAGCUAGGAACCAACUACAGUCUGUUCUUUUUUGUGCCACUAACAAAUCUAGUGGAUGCAAUAUUCAGCAGUGCUUAUACUCCCAAGGCGAAGACAGCAUGAUGUGUGGAAUAGUAUCUGGUGUGAUGUACAGGGAGAAAAUACACAAGAUUCAAAUCUAAUGCAGUGAUGAAAAUGAGAUUGCAGAGAGGGUGCACAUUAAUGCUGCAUGUAUGGUGCACAUUCAAGGCCACAUGAACACAUAAAACUUGGUUCAUAAAGUGAGUGUGAGUGAGGGAGUGAGUGAGUGGUUUUACGCCGCUUCUUGCAGUAUUCCAGCAAUAUCACGGCGGGGAACACAAGAAAUGGGCUCCACACAUUGUACCCAUGUCGGGAAUCGACACCGGGUCUUUGGCGUGACGAGCGAACGCUUUAACAACUAGGCUACCCGACCGCCCCUGGUUCAUUAAGAUUCACAUCGGGAAAAGAGGGGGGGGGGGGGGGGGUGUAGAUGAAAAAAUCUUGUUCCUGAAUUUAAACAUUACCUAGGGACGUCAUUCUUUAGAGGGAGGUUGUGGGCAUUAAAAGAUAUAGCACAUGAUCAGGUGUCGGCAAAAUAAGAUAGUAUCCAAAAAUGAAAUCAGAUCUUUGUUUAACGGUAGCGAGAACUAAGAUCUGAUUUGAUGAGAUCGGAGUAUACGAGGCAUUACACGCAUCAUCAGAAGGAACCAUGGUUACAAAGAGCACACCUGCUUACCGAAUCGUAAGGGUGUGUGAGUGAGUUAUGCUUAACGCCGCUUUUAACAGUAUUCCAGUUAUAUCGCGUCGUCGUAAGGGAGUGGGUUUAGCUUACCAUAUAACACUAUCCCUGAAAUAUUAUGGCGAACCAUCACUGCGUCAUGCAUCGCACGUACGUGAACACCAGGCUUUUGCUGCUUGGUUUGCGAAUACUGUUCUAAGCGUCGUAAAACCCAGCUCGCUUUAUUACAUUACCGGAAAUCUAGACAGUUUUAUUGAAUUGUCCGGAUGUUGCACUUUAUUGUCAUUUAUACAUUUGUUGUAAUUUACUCUUAGUUUGUCAAUGGUUGUUAGAGGACGCUAUUGGCCAUCAGUGAUUAUCCAGUGUAUUACGUCACCAUUCUAUUAUGACAAAUGCACUGCGCCCAUUCGCCACCAAAACGUCUUUUCAGAAGUCUUGUUCUCUUUUGUGACAUAAAUUAGCACAUGUGUUCUCCCGUUCAUGGACAUGAAAUCAGCCAAUACAACUGCCUCUUCUGAAAGCGAGGUCUGCAUUUGGAAUCGCGUGCUCGUACGACAGAGUCGUUUCAGUAAACUACGGUUAUAACGAACUCAAAGGGACUACUUUUUUUAGUUCGUUAUAACCGUAGUUCGUUAUAAGCAUAUAUACAGUAAACUACAGCAAAUAGUCGGGACUAAAAAGUAAGUUCGUUAUAUCCGUCAGUUCGUUAUAAGCGUGUUCGUUAUAACCGUAGUUUACUGUAUUUUCAAAGGAAUGAGAAGACUGUAACGUGUACUUUUAGUUAGUAAUAGUGGUUUUCUGAGUAUUAAGACGGUGAGGAAAGGCCUUAUUCUACAAGAUAUAACCAGUUGUAUUUAAGAUGGCACGCAACAAAAGCGGGUCGAAUUCUGUUGCUGUUUGCCUCCAUAAUGAAAGACGGCCAUGUUUAUGUUAGUGAGUAUGUUUGAGUUUUCGCCGGUUAAAAUUCCAGCAAUAUCACGACAGGGGACAUCGAAAAUGGGUAUUGUACCCAUGUCGGGAAUCGACCCCGGGUCUUCGGCGUGGCGAUCGAGCGCUUUGACCACUAGGCUACCCCACCGCCCCAUGUCGUGCCAAACUGGCUCUAAACGAAGCAAUGAUAGUGAAAAAGUCCAGGGUUUAUAAGAGAAAAGGAAGGACGACUGAUACACUGUAUUAUCGAGGAUGAGGUGUUGUGAUUAUAUACUCACAUGCAUGUCAUUGACAGGUUCACGUUGUGUAGCAUUAUAUUCACAUUUUAUGCAAUAUUUAUUAACCUCGUCUUUUUGUCAUGUGCGAAAAUAAUGCGAAUUAAACAGUAUUAUUAAUUGUA